AUGCAGCCAACCUCGUCUACCGACUCUCGUUUCGUUCCGAGGAAAGAGUUCAUCAAGGAACUUCGGACACCUCACAAUUUCUCCCUCCUUACAGUAUCUGGUUCUAGCUUCGUUCGACUUUAUUCCUUUCCGCCUGCCGUCAUUGAAGCUCUACACAAUCUCUUUGAUAAUUUCUACUUGACUAUAGCCUUUCGUAAAGACGAGGCCCAUAGCACCUGCGAGUUCACUCUCAACCAGAAGCCGUGGGCAAGUCCAAAGAGCGAUCGUACUGAACGUAUUCUUGUCGAUAUCAUCUCUGUCAUAUACAAGCACGGGUAUUCUCUUUUGUCGACGCUAGACUAUGGCCGGGAAAAUGACGACCGCAUUGCGCUUGCAUUUUCGGCACCUGCUCUACCUUCAAAUCCCAUUCUCCGGAAUUCGCCUGUUCCACCUGGUUCCGGCAGCACGCUCUCGCACCAGACUAAUGUCAAGCCCGACGCAAGAGUUCCCUUUGCCAUAUCUUUCGUUUCAGCGACUGUUCUACGCGUCAUAUAUCCUCCGUUGAAUUCAACGCCUGCAAUAUUGCAGGCUGUUCGAGGCUCGUGGCCUCGCGGUAUUGUUUCGGAGAAGAAAAUCGGAGAUGCUACGUAUGAGUUCAAGCUUAAAGGAUACAAGUGGUUUCACGAAGAUACUUUUGCGUCGGACUCCCUUACACACAUACUAUCAUUGUUUUCAUCGCUGGACAGCCACGCGUGCAGUAUGACUGCAUCACUCUCACUCGGAACUCGCUCGCGGGUUAAAGAUCUAUGGCUCUUCACUGCUCCUGGCACUGGAGACACUGCUGACCAUGCGCCAGACUCCCCCAUCAGCCAUGCAGGAUCCCAUCAAGAAUUCCGGAGGUCUACGCUUGGCCAAACGCCCGAACCAUUGUAUGGCUCAGAUGAGGGUGUGAUACCUCAUUCAAUGCAUCGACGAGCGCCAUCAGCCCCUCAGCCUUCUCUGUCUCAUGCACUUCAAAGCUCAACAUUUGCACAACCUACCAGAGGGGAGAGUGGUGCGCUGCCUGCCUAUACAAGUGGCCAGACACCCGCGCCUCCUGUAGGUUCGGUGAGAAAACCGGCCCCUCGAGCACAGAUACCUGUUUCUGUAAAUAUGGAUGCUCAGGAGGAUGAACCGGCGUAUAGCUACAAGGAGCCGCCACCUGACGUCGUUUCCAACAGCGCCAACAUCGUCGAGAACAUGGCUGGAGUGGGGACGCACGGACGCGGCAAAUACGGCCCGGGUUCGAAUUCUAUGUAUACCGCCGCACCAGCCCCAAAGCUGGAGCACUCGAAUGACGACAUGGCUACCUCCCCCAAGAUGGGUUCGACGUACAAAACUCAUUCACAACCUCCCUCACUAACAUCGUCUUCACCAAAUCCUCGAUCCCAUUUAUCGUCACCUCGACAUAGCACUCGUCCCGCUUCUUCACAAUCGAGGUCGCCACCAUUUACCCCACCCUACAGUCCUCCAAGCAACAUUCAGUUUAUGUCUAAUACCCCGCCCCAGCUUCCUGACGUCUCCCCUGAUGCCAGUCAACCGCUUCUGAGCCCUGGUAUGUUCGCUGACAAGGGAAGGGACUCCGCCUUUUCGAGCCAAACAGAAGAUACCAGUACGGACUGGUCAGGGACUAAGAGCAACAUCCAGAAUGGAAAUCGCAAUGGUCGAGAAUCAAGCCUCGCGCGCAGGACAACCUCCCCGGCCCCUGUGCUGCCCGGGGGAUGGGUCAAGACGCCUGACGACGAAGAGAUGGAACCUAACUCAUUGCAUGCUCAUUCUGGCAAUGCAGCGCAACAAGCUGUGGGGGAGGGGGUCAACAUACAGCAGGGUCGAAGUCCUCAGCGCUCAUUGCAUGACGUGGAUGCACGUGUCCGGUCACCAGAACUAGUACACGACCACGACAAUGCGCAGCGAAAGAGUGAAGCCGGGUUAGUAGGUGUAAUACCUCCACGAUCCCAAACUCCUUCGCCCGCCGUUGCCUCAUCACCAACCAAGGAUACCUCUGGAAAGGAUGGUGCACCGCUUGGAUCCCCGACGAAGAGUAGGGGUGCUAAAGGAAACGGAUGGGUGCUGGUGAAUGUCGAGGGCAAGUCCACACCAGAAGAUAGUAACACCCAACAAAACGCAGCAUCCAAGGAGAACACAUCUGUAGGUCCCAAGGAUGUAAGAGAAGGCGCUUCAAUGUCUCCUGCGGCGAAGGCUAUUGUCAUGAUUGACGCCAAGGAGGCAAAGGAGGCGAGAGAGGCAAAGGCAAAGGCCAAAUCUGGUUCAGGGCUUCGCAGACUGCUAUCCUUUUCUCGCUCCGACAAGAAUGCUGACAGCAACAAAGCUAAUCGGCCUGAUAGUCCGCCUACAGAAAAAGGCGGAAGAAGCCCUCGAUCCCCUCCAAAUAAACUUCGCAGCAGGCUAGCCCGCCUGAGUGGGUCAGACCAGUAUAAGGCAGCUGGUAGUAGAUGAGCCAUUGAGCCAUUAUGGACUAGCGCAUCGUGUUUGCGUGAACUUCACAUAUUUACUGGAUAACCACUUGACCUUCUGUGACUUGCGGUUCCGCGGUUAACUGCACCUGUGCGUAUCUAGAAUUCUGUACAUGUAUUCCCUCAAGCUACCUUAUCUCUCUCUAGUUAACCGCAUUGGAUCCCCCUAUGCAUUGCAGCGUAUUUCCGAAACUUCUAGCUUAUGAGUAUUUAGAUUAAUUGUAGACCAUGGGACAUUUAAGAGGUGUUAGUCCCCUUUAACUAGGCAGACCCUAUAUCAGAAGAUAGUCGUUC